AUGCGGAGGAAGACAGGCAAGAUCUUUGCAGCUCUAAGUAUCCUUUGCAUGGUGGUGGCUUCUCAAGCUUUUAAGAUUGAGAUCUCUCCUGAAUCGGACAUCCUUGCUCAGAUUGGUGACUCUGUCUCACUGACUUGCAGUACCACCGGCUGUGACUCCCCUUCUUUUUCUUGGAGAACCCAGAUAGACAGUCCUCUGAGCGGGAAGGUGAGGAACGAAGGGACCAGAUCCACGCUGGUCAUGGAUCCUGUUGGCUUUGACAAUGAGCAUUCUUACCUGUGCACUGCUACCUGCGGAUCCCUGAAACUGGAAAAAGGAAUCAAGGUGGACAUCUACUCUUUCCCUAAUGAUCCAGUGAUUCAUUUGAGCAGCCCACCCGAGGUGGGAAAGUUGGUCACAGUCAAGUGUUUGGUGUCUGAUGUUUACCCGUAUGACAGGCUAGAGAUGGAGAUACUGAAGGAUGGUAAUCUCAUGAAGAAUCGGGAGUUUCUAGAGGACAUGGACGGGAAGAAUUUAGAGACCAAGAGUUUAGAAGUAACCUUUACUCCUGUCAUUGACGAUAUUGGAAAAUACCUUGUUUGCCGAGCUAAAUUACAUGUUGAUAAGCCUGACUUUGUGACUACAGAGAGAGAGACCACAAAAGAACUGCAAGUCUACAUCUCUCCCAAGAACACAGUUAUCUCUGUGACACCCUCCACAAAUCUACAAGAAGGUGGAUCUGUGACCAUGACGUGUUCUAGUGAUGGUCUGCCAGCUCCAGAGAUUUACUGGAACAAGAAAUUAGAUAAUGGGAAUCUACAACUCCUUUCUGACAAUGCAACUCUCACCUUAAUUGCUAUGAGGAUGGAAGAUUCUGGAAUUUAUGUGUGUGAGGGAGUUAACCUGAUUGGAAAAGAUAAAAAAGAAGUGGAAUUAAUUGUUCAAGAGAAACUAUUUGCAGUAGAGAUCUCCCCUGGCUCCCAGAUUGCUGCGCAGAUUGGGGAUUCAGUAGUGUUGACAUGUAGUGUCACAGGCUGCAACUCGCCAUCUUUCUCUUGGAGAACCCAGAUUGACAGCCCACUCAGUGGGGAGGUGAAAAGCGAGGGGACCAAGUCCACACUGACCCUGAGUCCUGUUGGCUUUGAGAAUGAACGCUCUUACUUAUGUUCAGUGACAUGUGGACGUAAGAAGCUGGAAAAAGGAAUCCAGGUGGAGCUCUACUCAUUUCCAAGAGAUCCAGAAAUUGAAAUGAAUGAUCUUCUAGUGAGUGGAAAUCUUGCCACCGUAACCUGUAGGGUCCCUGAUGUGUACCCUUUUGACCGAUUGGAGAUUGAAUUACUUAAAGGGGAGAGUAUCAUGAAGAAGGAAGUCUUUUUGGGAGACAUGGAUAGACAAUCUCUAGAGAACAAGAGUUUGGAAAUGACCUUCACUCCCACCACCAAAGACACUGGAAAAGUUCUUGCUUGUCGGGCUAAGUUAAAUAUUGAUGGAAUGGAGUUUAAACCCAAACAAAGGGAGAGUACACAGACACUUUAUGUUAACGUUGCCCCACAGCUUCCAGUCAUCCAGGCUAGCCCCUCAACCACCCUGAAGGAAGGCAGCUUUGUGAAUCUAACAUGUUAUAGCGAUGGCCUUCCAGCCCCAAAGAUUCUGUGGAGCAAGCAGCUAAGUAAUGGAGCUCUACAGCCUCUUUCUGAAAAUACAACUCUCACCUUAAUGUCUGCCAAGAUGGAAGACUCUGGCAUUUAUGUGUGUGAAGGGAUUAACCAGGUUGGAAAAAGCAGAGCUGAAGUCAAAUUAGUUAUUCAAGUUGCCCCAAAAGACAUACAACUUACAGCCUUUCCUUCUGAGAGUGUCAAGGAAGGAGAUACUGUCAUUAUCUCUUGCACAUGUGGCAAUGUUACCGAAACUUGGAUAAUCUUGAAGAAGAAAGCAGAGACGGGAGACAAGAUGCUAAAAUCGAUAGGUGGUACUUACACUAUACGCCAAGCCCAGCUAGAAGAUGCAGGAGUGUACGAAUGUGAAUCUAAAAAUGAGGUUGGCUCCCAAUUAAGAAGCUUAACACUUGAUGUUAAAGGAAGAGAAAAUAACAACUAUUUUUCUCCUGAACUUCUUGUGCUGUAUUGUGCAUCCUCCUUAAUAAUACCUGCCAUUGGAAUGAUCGUUUACUUUGCGAGAAAAGCCAACAUGAAAGGGUCAUACAGUCUUGUAGAAGCACAGAAAUCAAAAGUUUAG